AUGACAUCGAACGAAGAUUCUUUUAAACUGACCUACCUCUCUCCAGAUUUAGAUUCAGACUAUACAGAAGCUAUAAACAUAAUGGUCAAUAAUUCCAAUGCCUAAGAGUCCGCACUAAACCAAUAUAUUAAAAAAUCAUCAAAGUCAAGCAAGCCAAAUUCUAGAGAGCAAGUAAAGAUCAAAGGUCAGAGAUCAUAAAAAAACAACAGUUUUAGCAAUAGUAAAAAUGAGCAUGAGCAAUCUUGGGUAUCAUUCGGAGAACAUAUCCAUUAAGCCUCACAUGAAGAUGAUUUUAACGGCUAAUAAAAAGAUAUAGUAAUUGAAUAGGCAGAUUAAUUGUCAAAAAAUAGUUCCAAUUACAAGGAAAAUGUUCAAUAUGUUGUCAGAAAUUCCCAAAUGCUUUAAUAAUCCUCAAUGCAGUCUUCUUUGGAUUCGCAAUAAAAAUUUAACCACUAUUUGCACACAUUCAACAAUGAAUCUCCAAUCCGUACUCCUUUGCUUGAAAACUAGAAUCAACAGAUGGUUUCACCAAGAUCAGUGACAAAAAUCAACUCAUAAUCUUAGAAGCAUAUCUUCAACUCUGAUUCAAAGAAUCAACUUUAAGUUUUAGCUACAGAUAAAGUAUUCAUAGAAACAGAGGAAGAUGAAAAUCAAAGUAUAGUGAGUGGAUAGCACGAUCUUGUCAAUCUUAAUUCUGACAAAAUGACACCAUUUCAGGAUGCUUCCAAAGAGAAUUUUACAAACUAGCCUAUCAGUUGUGGCUCAAGCUCUUAGGAAGGUGAAUCAGAGCCUAGACCAAUUACAUCACUUCCUUGCCCUGUUAAUCACAAUGGAUUUGAUCCAUUAUUAUCUCAAAAUUAUACCACGAAUCCAGUGCCAAUCUCAUUUAAAAAUAGUCAAGGAAUAAUUUCAGUUAAUAGUAGAAGACUAUCUAAUGCCUCUUCAAAAUUGAAAAGCUCGUAAAUAAAUUAAAAUUCUAGGUAAAGUAGUGAAGAUAAAAACUUGGCAAUUAAAACAUAGCAUAACAAGACUUAGAAGCAAAAUAAUUAAGUUUAACCUAGUCAUUAUUAUAAUAAGCUCUAAGACACUUAUUGCACUUAAAGUUCCAAAAGAGAAUCAUCUGCUACUAAAUAAGAAGUAACAAUGUUCUAGAAGCGUAAAUUAUCUACUGGAGAUAAUAAAUCAUAAAAUGUUUCUUCAGGACUAUCUUCAGUUGAUAGAUAAAGCGAUUUAACUCCUAGGACAUUGAAUUAUUAGAUGCAUGAUAUAAAAUAGAACAAGUAAGUUGGUGAUUCUAAUGGCAAUCAACUUGGACAAAAUAAAUCAGUUAUUAAUUAUUAGAUGGCAGUAGAAACUGAAAAGCAAUCAAACUAAAUCCACAGAAUUAAAGACACAAGCAAUAAAUAAAAACUCAGCUAAGCUUUCAAAGAGAUGAAUUUACAAGUCUUAGUUGAAUUGAAUAAAAUAAAAAAGCCUUCUAAAAUUACUCUACUUUCAGGAAAAGUUUUGGCAAUGCUUUUAAACAUAUUUCAAGAAGAAAAGUAUAGUGAAAACUCAUUAAAUGACUGGGUAGUUAUUUAAAAAGUCUUAUCGAGCAACUCGAAUAAAACUAUGACAGAUAUUGCUUUAAUUAAGUCAAAAUUAAAUGAUAUAAAAGAUUUAGAGUAACCUCAAAGGAUAAAGGAAAUUCUGAAUGAAAACAAAGUUAGUAUCAACCAGAUAACUGAUAAAAAUUGCAAAAUAAUUUUCAAUCUUGUAGCUCUAGUCAUUGAAUAGAUAGUCACAAGGAAGGACAAGCGCGAGUAAAAAUUGCAAGAAAUACUUAGUAGAAAAGAUAUUGAAAUAGAAACUAUUCAAACUAACCCAGAUAUUAACAAUACUAAUCAAAAUUACGCAACAUUCGAGAGCCAGCAAUCAAACGUUAUUACUGAAUCUACACCAAUUAAAGAAAAUUAUUAUUCUUCAUCUCCCUUCAAUUCAAAUAAGUAUCCUAAGGAAUCACAGCAGCCAGUGUCUAAUAAGAGUUCAAUGCUAAAGUAGAAAUAAUCUCCUAAAUAAAUCAAUAUUGCCAAGAGUGUGCUAGCUUCUCCUCUUAGCACUGUCUCAAUCUAAAAUAAGAUCUUAAAAGAUGUCGAGAAAGAUAACUUGAAGUUUAUCUAAUUCAAUAAGAGAGUUUAAUAAUAAUAUUAAAGCAAUUAAAUCAUCAGUACCAACAAGAAUGUUAUUGACAUCUUAAAUAAAUCUCCAUUGAGAAAGCCAUUGAAACAAGACAGGUCUUUGUCAAAUUCAAGAGAUACUUCUAUUUCUAAAAAUGCUCUUAGAAACUCAGUUGACUCAAAACUUAGUGAGAAAAGAUUUGAUCUUAAAUAGUCACUGAUUAAACCAGUUAUUCAUUCUCUAAACUCAACAGCGAAUUUAAGAGCAAGACCAACAAGUACAAGAUAAGAAGUAUCUGCAACAAGAGGAACUGAAAUAUCACUCAGAUAGCAAUAGCCAAAAGGUUAACUUGAAAAAUAGAGAUCUCCUCAAAAAACUGAGUUUGCCAAAUUAGCUUAGGUAAAAUCACCCGUAAAGCAAAUGUCUUAAAAAUAAAAGCUUGCUAAAGCACCUAAUAGACCUUUAGUAAAUAAGCAAGCAUCAACUAUUCAAUAAGCUUAGGAGAGAAACUAGGCAUAAUUGGAGUCUGAGAGAAGCACAUAAGAUGAAUAAACUGCAGGCACAAAUUAAAGCCAUAUUGAAAGUGAGAAGAGAAACCCAAUUAUCAUUAAAUCGAUGCCAGAAGAAAAAGAACUUCAUAUGACUCCUAUAAAAAACAAUAUUUAUCAGCUUAUCAUUGAUAAAGCUCAUGAAAUUGAGAAAAAUAUGAGGAAUGAUAAUUCUGGCAGCAAAAUUGAUAUUGGACUCAUUGAGCAAAUUAAAAGAAGAAGAAUUGAGCAGAAAUUACAGCAGAAGGAGUAAGAGCAAGAAUUUGCUACAGUGGAUUGA